GAAUACCGGCAGUGGCUGGUCGAAGAAAGGCAUAUCAACCCGGAAACAAUCUCAAAGCCAGUGGAAAAGAAAGAAAUUGCUCGGUUCAUCGAAUCCUACAACACCGCGACCAUGCCAGAUCCCAAGUAUUACGAUCUCGAGAAACACGAACGACACAUGUCCAUGAUACGUUCGGGCGAAACGCUGCCAGUCGGAGGCUACGACUUUCUCUCGGACGAAAAGGCGGCCUCGGCAUCAGCAGCAGCUCGCAGGAAGGAGGAAGAAGCAAAGAGAAAUACGGGCAGGGAUGCGUGGCAAAGCAAGGAACAGCUGGAAGAGCUGCGACGGAUUCAGAAUGAACGAAUCCAGGCGGGAAAGAUGAAACAGCUCGGCUUGGAAACGUCGGCAAAUAUGGGCGUGCGCAUGGAAGGUCGUCUGCCUGGCCGUAAAUGA